UCUUCAGUCUUCACACAACUGCACGGUCCAUUUCUUCGACUCUUAAACUCCUUAAACUCCAGACUCCAUUGAAUUUCCCAGAUCCCAAUCUCCUCUCCCUCAAUCUCCUCUUCCCAAGUAGUGAAGGAGGAAGAGGAAAUCAACAAAAGAUGGCAUCUGUAUCUCCAACCCCAGUUUUGAAAGAUGAGUUAGAUAUAGUGAUACCCACCAUCAGAAACCUUGAUUUCUUGGAGAUGUGGAGGCCAUUUUUCCAGCCAUACCAUCUCAUCAUUGUCCAAGAUGGUGAUCCUUCGAAGACCAUCAAAGUCCCUGAUGGCUUUGACUACGAAUUGUACAAUCGCAAUGAUAUCAACCGCAUUCUGGGCCCCAAAGCAUCUUGCAUUUCUUUCAAGGACUCUGCUUGCCGUUGCUUUGGCUACAUGGUGUCCAAGAAGAAGUACAUCUUCACCAUUGAUGAUGAUUGCUUUGUUGCCAAAGACCCAUCUGGUAAAGAAAUAAAUGCGCUUGAGCAGCACAUUAAGAAUCUUUUGUCCCCAUCAACGCCAUUUUUUUUCAAUACCCUCUAUGAUCCCUACCAGGAGGGGGCAGACUUUGUGCGCGGGUAUCCUUUCAGUCUUCGUGAAGGUGUACCAACUGCAGUGUCACAUGGCCUUUGGCUUAACAUACCUGAUUAUGAUGCUCCAACACAGCUUGUCAAGCCUCUUGAGAGGAACACCAGGUAUGUAGACGCAAUUAUGACUGUGCCAAAGGGUACUCUCUUCCCCAUGUGCGGCAUGAACCUUGCUUUCAACCGUGAAUUAAUUGGACCUGCAAUGUACUUUGGCCUCAUGGGUGAUGGCCAGCCUAUUGGACGUUAUGAUGAUAUGUGGGCUGGUUGGUGCACCAAGGUUAUAUGCGACCACCUCGGGUUGGGAGUCAAGACAGGGCUGCCUUACAUCUGGCACAGCAAAGCAAGUAACCCAUUUGUGAACCUUAAGAAAGAAUACAAAGGUAUCUACUGGCAGGAAGAGCUCAUCCCAUUUUUCCAAUCUGUUGCCCUUCCAAAGGACUGCGCAACUGUUCAGAAAUGCUACCUUGAGCUGUCCAAGCAAGUCAAGGCAAAGCUUGGCAAGGUGGAUGAUUACUUUAAUAAGCUGGCCGAUGCCAUGGUCACCUGGAUUGAAGCUUGGGAUGAGCUUAAUCCAUCCAGCGCUUCAGCUGAAGUCGCUAAUGGCCCCAAAAAGUAGACAAUUGAAAUUUCGGGUUUACAAUUCUCUUCUGAUAGGGUAUAGGAAUUGUAUGGUGAAGGUCUUUUUGUCCAUGCUCUUAGCUGAGCUUGGAUUGGAAUCUACCAUGUUAUAGAGUUGAGGUUGUUAGUGUUUUAUUUUCUUUCGACUUUGGAACAAAUAAGAAGGUUACGCAUUUUGUAUUAGUACUAAUUAUUAUUUAUAAAUUGUUCGCCGGUAUCUCUAUUUGGUAA